ACAUACCUAAAUUAAAUUAUAAUUGUGCCGACUGCUGAAGAGGCAUGUCUUCUGUCAAGCCGCAGAUAUUAAUUAUAGAGCCAUUCUAUGGCGGAAGCCAUAAGCAGCUAAUAGAUACUUUGAUCGACAGCCUGAAUCUAACCGACUAUGAGCUUUUCAGUCUGCCAGCAACUAAGUGGCACUGGCGAGCCCGCACCUCUGCACUUUACUUUUCACAGCUAAUUCCGCCUGAGCACAAUUACAAAGUACUCUUCACGAGCUCAGUUCUUAGUUUGGCUGAGCUAAUAGGUGUACGUCCCGACUUAGUCACAUGUCGAAAAAUUGUCUACUUUCACGAAAACCAGCUUGUAUAUCCAGUGCGUGAGGUGAAGAAGCGCGAUUGUCAGUACGGAUUAAACGAGAUACUCUCUUGUUUUACCGCAGACAUCGUGCUCUUCAAUUCAAACUUCAAUCGGAAUUCAUUCCUGGACAACGUGCAGCCCUUUCUUAAUAUUCAGCCUGAUUUCAAGCUAAAGCACAUUCGCGAGAAAAUAGAAAAAAAGUGUGAGGUGCUUUACUUCCCCAUUAAAUUUCAUGCGUUCCCCAAUAAGCGUCGCAUCGUAAAUGUAGAAGUUGAUGUUGAUGUUGCUAACCUGGAGCAAGAGUGCUUGCAUUUGAUUUGGCCCCAUCGUUGGGAGCACGACAAAAACCCAACUCUGUUGGUUGAGGUGCUGCUCGAGUUAAACAAGCGGCAGGUAAACUUCAAGGUUACCAUCUGUGGCGAGAAGUUCCCGAAAGUGCCAGAAGCCUUUGAGGGAAUACAAGAAAAGCUGGGCGCCAAGCUCGUUAACUAUGGCCGCUUAUCGCGCGAAAAAUACAUAGAGACGUUGCUCACUGGAGACAUCGUUAUUUCGACGGCAGACCAUGAAUUCUACGGCGUGUCUAUGCUAGAAGCUACAUACUGCGGUUGUUACCCCAUUGCCCCUAAUAAGCUGGUAUACCCAGAAAUCUAUCCCAAGGUAAACCUGUACAACACGCCUAACUCUCUGAUAAAAAUGCUUUACAAUUGCUGUCGAUAUCCGGGACCUUUCCGUAGGAACCGAGAUAAAUUCUUCCAGUCCUUCUCGUUUGAUCAGUACUCUGCAAAGCACUUAGUGCCCAGGUAUCUCGAUAAAAUGGGGACUUAGAUUUUUAGCUUUUAAUUUAAAUCAUAGUAUAGAGAAAACUAAAGGAAAGGAUCGAAUUUAUUACAUACACAUGUUAUUUAAAAGUUGGUAGAUCUAUAUUAAUAGAUAUGUAAUGCGUAACCCAAA